CGCGCGUCCCCCGCGCUCCCGGUCACCGCGUCCCCCGCGUCCCUCCAGCAUGAGCUGUGCCCCCGCCGGCGCCUCCGCCUGACCCCCGCCGUGCCCGCCGUGCCCGCCGUGCCCGUGUCGCCAUGCUCGUCAAGGAGUACCGCAUCUGCAUGCCGCUCACCACCGAGGAGUACCGUGUGGGGCAGCUCUACACCAUCAGCAAGCACAGCCACCAGGAGAGCGAGAAGGGCGAGGGUGUGGAGGUGGUGAAGAACGAGCCCCACGAGGACCCUGUCCACGGCCCCGGCCAGUUCACUGAGAAGCGUGUCCACCUCUCCAGCAAACUGCCGAGCUGGGCACGGGCAGUGACCCCCCGAAUCUUCUACAUCACUGAGAAGGCCUGGAACUACUACCCCUACACCAUCACCGAGUACACGUGCUCCUUCCUGCCCAAAUUCUCCAUCUACAUCGAGACCAAGUACGAGGACAACUGCGGGGACAGUGAGAACAUCUUCCACAGUGACAAAAUCCUGGGUGACCACGAGGUCUCUUUCCUGGACAUUGCCUUUGACGAGAUCCCUGAGCGCUACUACCGCAGCCUGGAGGACCCCCGAUUCUUCAGCUCAGCCAAGACAGGCCGGGGGCCGCUGCGGGAGGGCUGGCGCCAGCACACCAAGCCCAUCAUGUGCUCCUACAAACUGGUGAGCGUCAAGUUCGAGGUGUGGGGGCUGCAGACACGGGUGGAGCAGUUUGUGCACAAGGUGAUCCGGGACAUCCUGCUGAUUGGGCACCGGCAGGCGUUCGCCUGGGUGGACGAGUGGUGCGGGAUGACGAUGGAGGAUGUGCGGCGCUACGAGCAGGAGACACAGGAGGCCACCAACGAGCUCAUCGGCCUGGUGGCACCUGCCAUCUCGGUCAGCGAGGUGGGGCAGCCGACGGCCACGCACUCGGCCCCUGCCAGCGCCCCCUCCACCCCCCUCAGCGACGAGGCCCCCGAGUUCCUCGCUCCCCCCAAGACUCGCCCACGGAAGAAGUCAGCGCCGGAGACCCUGACGCUGCCCGCGCUGCGGGAGCGCACUGGCGCCGAGUGAUGCUGGCAGUGCCACACCGUGCUGGACUGUGCCAGCUCCGCCGCCCACCACGGCCCCUCCGACAGGCACUGACCCCAGGGAGGGACCUGCCGUCGGGGCGCUGGGAGCCCCGGGGGGGUGCUGGCCUCCCUGAGCCAUUGCGGGUGCCCAGGCGGGUCAGUGCCACACCCGCUGGCUGCACCAGGAGAGGACACCAGGCCCGUGUGGGUCCCUGGCAGCGUUGGGCGAUGCUGCAGGAGCCAGUUCCUUCAGCCCCACCCGCCCUGGUGUCUGCAGGGGCCAUCAAGGCUGGAGUGCAGUGGGGAGGUGCCAGCUGGUGCCCACUGGCCGUGGCCAGGCUGGUAGGAAGUGCCAGGCUGGAGCAGUGCCCUGCAGGGUAGGCACCAAUGCAAGAGCACAGUGCAGGUGACAGUGACAGUUGGGCGCUGGGCUGGGGCUCCCUGCGGGACCCUGGGGGCUGCACAGCCCUGUGCACGGCUGGUCCCGCAGUCGGGGUCCCCUUCACUGUCUCUCCAGAGGCUGUGGCUGCCCAGGGGGUGGCUGGGGUGGGCUCAGCCCCUCGUUUUGUUUGGGAAAACAACAGCCUUUUUGGAAAUAAAGCUUGAGACACGGCG